UGCAGAACGCAUACGGGACAUCGUGUAUAUAAUACACCGGCGGCGGGCAUCGGAAAUCAGUCAGCCCGUCAACACAACCAGCAAACCACUAGCGUUCAACGAUGAAGAUAUUCGUCAGUAUCGUUCUUUUGGCCUCCGUGGUCCUCGCCGAGCCGCCGAGAUAUCGCCAGCAACAGAGACAGUAUUACUUCGCCCAGCAGCAGCAGGAGCAGCAGCAGGAGCAGCAGGAGCAGGAAGAGGCCGGCUCUUACCCCGCGUCCGGCUGGAAACCAGCUGGUCCCGCCUUUAAUCUCCCUCAAAGACAACAACCUCAGCAACAAUAUGGAGCGCCGGAUACGCCCCAGCAACAAUACGGAGCACCAAUCGCGCCUCAACAACAAAACGGUGCACCGAGCGCGCGUCAACCAAAAUAUAGGGCAUUAAACGCACCUCAGCAAUUUGGAGCACCAAAUGCGCCUCGGCAGCUAUAUAGUGCGCCGCAACAGCAAUAUGAUGGUCCUCAGCGAGAAUACGGAGCACCGGAAGAGUCUACGACGACUGAGACUUCUAACACCACCGAGGAGGAAGAGAUAUCUACCGUUCAAGGCAUCAGUCAGUCUGAGUCCGAGCCUGUGAAUGCAGUAAACGAGCUUGAAGACGAAGACGAGAGUGAGAAGCUCCCUCAGCAAUCCGGAGAGUAUUACGUGGCCCUUCCCGACGGUCGCCUCCAACGCGUGCGGUACAUCAGCCGUCAGGAUGUCGAGGCCAUGAAGUACUUCGCCAAGAUUCGCGCCGAGAAUGUGGAGCCUCUUCGUGGACCGAUCUACGCGUACGCGCCUCUGCAAAAAUUGCAGGUCGUGCCAACUAGUUUGCAAUUGUCCGUCGCCCCAGUCGCGCCGAUUGCCUCUGUCGCAUCUGCGAACAAGCCGCAGAAAUUCGAGAUCGAGCCCGUAGCCGCGCAGGUGCAGUACCAAUACGAUAACCCUUCGAGCGUAGUGCCUUUGGCCAGCCCCUUGAGUAGCUCCUCUUACACCACCUACACAGCAAACUAUCAGACACCGGCAGCCAGCGACUCUAGAUUUCUUCUCACUUUCCAGUGAAUCCAAUCUUAACGCAAUACAUCUCUUGUAAAUUGCACUGUACAUGUUGCAUAGGUUAUUAAGCGCACUCACAAUUAAACUAAGUUGACGAAGUAAUAAAGCUGAUGACAA